AUGGACGUCGCUACGUAUUUACAGUGUUUUGAAAGCAGUUUGAGCUCAUACACAGGUGACGACCCUCUGGAUGAAUGGAGCAAGUUUGUGGAGUACCUGGAGCAGACACUGCCUGCUGACAGUGGCGGCAACAUCUCUCAAGUGUUGGACAGUCUUGUACAUCGUUUUUUGAAUGUUGAGCGAUACGCAAAUGACGUCAGAUAUGUGAACUACUGCAUCAGAUGUGCUAGUUAUUAUUCUGAGCCCUUCGCGCUGUAUAGUUACAUCUUCAGUAAAGGUGUCGGCACCAGGACCGCAGCCCUCUACGUGGCCUGGGCUCUGCAGCUUGAACAGAGAGGACUGAACGAUCAGGCGGAUGGUGUGUAUCAGAAAGCAUUGGAAAACCAAGCCCAGCCGUCCGAGACCGUGCUCCAUGAAUACAGAGUCUCCCGCUCUGAGAUUUCAGGGGCGAAUCCCUCUAGUCAAGGCUCCAGCGUUCCCACCGUGUCGGAGUACAUGAGAGACGAACUCGUAUGUGAAGGAUCUGAAUUAUGCUUCGAGGAGGUCCGAGCGAACAAGUACUUCAAGCUCCGCGAGGAGCAGGAGAGGGAGAGGAAAGAAUUCGCGGAGAGGCUUCUGAAGGAGCAUGAGGAAGGCAUCCAGAGCUAUAAAACUUGGUUGAUGGAAAUUAAUCAGAAUAUGGAAGCCUGCAGAGAUUUAAGUAGACAGCCGUCAUCACAGAGGCUGUCUGUAGUGGAAACAGCCACCGGUCCGAACCCUAAUCCUACCCAGCAGCCAUUUGGGCUUCCUCGACUCUCAACCAGCCUGAGCAGCAGGCGCUCUCUCGGCUUGAGAUUACACACGGAGCCGACCUUCAUCCAAGAGGCCAGCGCCGUCCCCGAACCCGUUCAACAGCUCAGCCACACCACGACACCAGACACAAACGCUCUGAGCUCAGCGGUAUCCCAUCAUCCCUCUGCGCUGUUUGACAGGAGCGUUCAUUUGCCAACGAUGACGCCAGAGUCCGCGGAUCGAACGUCUUCUGUCAAUCAGGCCUCGAUGGUUCAGCCUCCGUCAGUUCAGCCGGGUGUGAGCUUUGAGCAGGCCAACCUGUCGCUGCACAGACCGGCCGCCGUGAACGCUGACGUUCUCAUGCAGGAUGAUCGGCUUCAACGCAGCAGCCUGGAAAACUAUCAACCCCAGGAGCACAUCAUUACACAUCAAGAUGUCAGUCACCUACCAAAGCCCGAGGAGAAACUCGAUAUGUCACACAGUGGCACGGCCAACCUGUCUCACAUCACUCCUAACACUUCACUGGGGUUUGUUCAGGCCACACCGUCAAGGGUGCUGCCGUCACCCACUGUCAACACACGGGAAGCACUGGGGGUGAUCAUGGACAUGUUCCAGGCCCCGACGCUCCUAGAAGACCCGUUCGACAACACAUCAGUGCUCCACACUGCGGGGGAGUCUGAUGCUGGAUACCCACGAAAUGGAGGCGCUUCCUUGUUGAACAAACCCCCGACCACAACGCCGUUCACCAUCUUCCAGGACGACUUAGACAAAGAAAACUGCAGUUCUGCUGCUCCUGCUGCUGCGGCGGAGAAGCCAAAACCAGUCAAAGCUCUGGCUGUAAUCCCAGUGUCUAAACCAGACAAACCUAAUGACACUCCUCCGGAUCUGAUGCCAGACGAGUGCACCAUGUGGGGGGCUCGCUACAACUCCCUCAACUCGCUGGCUGCUUGUCCCAACAGCACCACAGACUUCGCCAUGUUGGCCCAGUGCGUUUCCACUCCGUUCACACACAAAACUCCUUCCAGCGGCAACUUUUUCCAGGAUCAAGAGAACACCUGUGAUAAUGCAGAUGGUGAUGAUGAAGCCUUUAUCAGACGUCAGACCAAAAAACUCAGCCCCAUCAUAGAGAGCAGUCCACCUGAUGAGACAGGCAUCAGUCUCAUUGUCCCCUCAGUGGCGACACAUGGCACCAUCGUGGGUGAAGGUCUCUCUGCACCUCAGCACUGCCUGACCACCUCUUCCUUCACCAUGGCGCAGCCUCCUCCACCGGCCGUGCUGUCUUUCAGAGACCUGACGCUCUGUCCCACCGACUCCUCCAUCCACAGGACCACGGGACCCAGCUGGGACGUUUACACGAGCCCCGAGCAGCCUCCCAAACAGGCCUCUCUGAGCGCACCCGAGAGCUCAGUCAAACCCAGAAGUGAACCUUUUACAGUCAUGGAGGAUUUAGACGAACUCACCAGCACAGAACGCGCCCGAAAACUAGCCUUUGACGUUCCCAUGAGCCCAGAGAACGCUUCCAAACCAGACUGGCUGUUUGUCAGAAGCCCCGUGGCCACAGUGGAGCCGGACUUGGACCUGGACCUGGAUGUCUUCCUGAGUCCGUGCCCGUUCAAGAAAGAAGACACCGUCCAAAUCAAGUUCCAGGACAUCCCCAUGAGUCCGGAGCAGCCGCGGGUCUGUGCCGACGUGCCCAUGAGCCCGAUGCAGACACACCAGUUCGGCACCGUGGACGAACCCAUGAUGAGUCCAGACAGAAGCAUGAGGAUCCACGCCGACGUCUCCAUGAACCCAACGACACCCAGGACAGCCAGGUCGGGAGGAGUCCCGCAGGUGUGCGACCCCUGGGACAACGACCUGAUCUCUGAUCUGCUGUCGACACUGAACCCGCCUCUCACCUCCCACCCUCGCUGCAUCACCUGGCAGUGCAACAUACCGAACAUCAGCCCCAAGAUGACCAUCAGCAUGGGAAAUGCUUCCCUGCGCGUCGACUGCUUCCUCGGACAAGGAGCCUUCGCGACCGUUUACCAGGCGACUGAACCCACGACGUCAGAGAAGAUGGUUAUAAAGGUUCAGAAACCGGCCAAUCCCUGGGAGUUUUACAUCAACACUCUGCUGGACGCUCGGCUGCAGCCCGACGUCCGUCACCUGUACAGCAGCAUCCGCUCCGCUCACCUCUUCAACAACGGCAGCGUGCUGCUCGGCAAGCUGCACAACUACGGCACUCUGCUGAAUGCAGUGAACAUUUAUAAAACGCUGAGCGAUAAGGUGAUGCCUCAGCCUCUGGUCAUGUACUUCACCGUCUGUAUCCUGCACAUGGUGGAGCAGCUGCACAACAUCCACAUCAUCCACGCUGACGUCAAACCUGACAACUUUAUGCUGGGAGAGAGCUUCUUGGAGAACAAAUGCUUCGAUUCAGAGAACCUGGACCACGGCCUUUCCCUCAUCGACCUCGGACAGAGCAUCGACAUGGAGCUCUUCCCAGCAGGCACCACUUUCACCGCCAAGUGUUUGACGUCAGGCUUCCAGUGUACCGAGAUGCUCAGCGGGAAACCCUGGAACUAUCAGACGGACUACUUUGGGAUCGCAGGGACCGUCUACUGCAUGCUGUUUGGGACGUACAUGCAGGUCACCAAUGAAGGCGGCGUGUGGAAGACAAACGCUGUGUUUAGAAGGAACCCCCACAGCGACUUGUGGCUGGAGUUCUUCCACACGCUGCUGAACGUACCGGACUGCGGCCCUCUGCUGAACCUGCAGAGCCUCCGCCACAAACUGACGUCCACCCUGCAGCAGGAGUACAGAAGCAAGCUUCCCACGCUGAAGAGCCGCCUGGUGGUGAUGCUGCUGGAGAGCCGCAAGGCAGCUCGCCGAUGACGGCGCCAUUAACAAAGUCUCAUUACUCCUCUAUCUUUUACUUCUGCCUCUGCAUCUGUUCAUAUUUUCUAUACAUUUUGCCUCUUCCUCAUUCUCUUCACUCUCAACCACUACUUAGGCUUGUUUUACUCUGAUUCAAACUGAUGCUCAGUUUUAUUUUAACAUUGUAAAGAUGUAGUAAUGUCACUGAAGGAUUUGAGAGACUGAAAUAUGUACAUAAAACAGUUCUUAUUAUUUAGUUGCUUUUUUCAAAA